CUCCUCCAAUGUGGAGGCGGAGGGAGGGCCCAAAGACAUGUCCCUUCACGCUGGCAACACCUGAAAACAGAGAAGGAAACGCAUUAGAGCCUUACGGACCUGCACAGGAGGCCUCGCUGUCCCCGUCUCACCCCAGGAGCCCUCCCGUACUCCGGUACUCUGGGGGGGUGGCAGUCCCGCACCCGCCGGGCGAUGAACAUCGCAAGGAGAAGAGGCUUUUACAGACAGGAGGUGAACAAGACGCUGUGGGAGCUGCCCAGGAGAUACACGGCCCUCCACCCCGUGGGGUCCGGAGCCUACGGCUCGGUGUGUUCAGCCACAGACAAGAAGACCGGGGAGAAAGUGGCCAUCAAGAAGCUCUGCCGCCCCUUCCAGUCCGAGAUCUUUGCCAAGAGAGCGUACAGGGAGCUCAUGCUGCUGAAGCACAUGCAGCACGAGAACGUCAUCGGGCUGCUUGAUGUCUUCACCUCUGCCCCCUCCUACCACGGAUUCCAGGACUUCUACCUGGUGAUGCCGUACAUGCGGACAGAUUUACAAAAGAUCAUGGGACACGAAUUCAGUGAUGAAAAGAUCCAGUACCUGGUCUAUCAAAUGCUGAAGGGGCUGAAGUACAUCCACUCAGCUGGCAUCAUCCACAGGGACUUGAAGCCAGGCAACCUGGCUGUGAAUGAAGACUGUCAGCUAAAGAUCUUGGAUUUUGGCUUGGCCAGACACGCCGAUGCCGAAAUGACCGGCUACGUGGUGACGCGCUGGUACCGGGCCCCCGAAGUCAUCUUGAACUGGAUGCAUUACAACCAGACAGUGGAUAUCUGGUCUAUCGGCUGCAUCAUGGCAGAAAUGCUGACUGGGAAAACGCUGUUUAAAGGAAAAGAUUACCUGGACCAACUGACCCAGAUCCUGAAGGUCACGGGGCACCCGGGAGAGGACUUUGUGGAGAAGCUGGAGGACAAGGCGGCUAAGAAUUACAUCAAGUCCCUUCCUAAAAUCCCCAAGAAGGAUCUGUCUGUGCUUUUCCCCAAGGCCAAUCCUCAGGCAGUGGACCUGCUUGACAAGAUGUUGCAGCUGGAUGUGGAAAAGCGCCUCACAGCGACGCAGGCGUUGGCUCACCCCUAUUUCGACCAGUUCCGAGAUGUGGAGGAGGAGACGGAGGCCCAGCAGUCCUACGAUGACUCGCUGGAGCACGAAAAGCUCUCGAUUGACGAGUGGAGAAAGCAUAUCUACAAGGAGAUCUUGUCCUUCAGCCCCAUUGCACGCAAGGACUCCAAGAAGCGGAGCGGGAUGUCGUUGUAG